UCAGGCUGUCAGGGCAGCAGGACUAUAAAACAGGGAGGGACGGGACCGUGGAAGAGGACAGACGCACCACCUUCUGUCUACGGAAAGAAAGGAAAGAGGGAAAAAAAAGAAAAACGAAAGCUUGUCCAAAAACUCGGGGAACUCUGGACACUUUGGAGGAUUUAAGGACGAAGCUGAAUCAAUUCAUCGAGCGCGGCGCUUUAAAAGUACGGAGCACUUGAAAGGUUUGAGGGAAAUCUUCAGUGGACAGAAGGAAAGAGAGAGAGAGAGAGAGAGAGAGGGAGCGAGAGAGGAAGUUUUGGGAUGCUGCUUCCCCGCGCGCUCCGUUCCUUGCUGUGCGUCCUGAGCUGCGCGUGGCUGCGCACCGGAACGGCCUCGCGGCUCAAGUCUGCCGCUCUGCCCAUCCAGUCAGAGAGAGAACCGCUGCCCUUCAAAGGCUUGUCAGGAUGCUCAUUCGGAGGACGCUUCUACUCCCUGGCCGACACGUGGCACCCAGACCUGGGGGAGCCCUUCGGCGUCAUGCACUGUGUCCAGUGCCACUGCGAACCACAAAAGAGUCGUCGUGGAAAGGUGUUUGGGAAGGUCAACUGCAAGAACAUCAAACAGGACUGUCCUAAACCCAACUGUGAUGACCCGGUCCUCCUGCCGGGCCACUGCUGUAAAACCUGCCCUAAAGGUGGCGAUGACACAAAGCAGACAGACCCGGUCCUGGAGAGCUUUGACUUCUUCCAUGAGAAGGGAAAAGAGAAAGAGGACGACCUCCACAAAUCUUACAAUGACAGAUCGUACCUGAGCUCCGAGGACAUGGGCCCCGGGGAGAGUCGCACCGACUUUGUGGCACUGUUGACCGGUGGGACAGACUUGUGGAGCUCCAGCGGUGUCGCCAGAGCUCGCUUCUCUCUGACCAGAACCAGCCUGGCCUUCUCCAUCACAUUCCAGAGAAUGGAUCGUCCCGGUAAAAUAAUCUUCCUGGAUUCAGAUGGCAGCGUGGCGUUUGAGUACAGGGUCCCUAAGGGACAGUCAGACAUGAUCUGUGGAGUCUGGAAGAACCUGGCCAAGCCUCUCAUGCGACAGCUGCAGAGCGAACAGAUGCGCGUCCGCAUGACUACAUCGGCGAGCAGACGAGAAGACGUGGAGGGAAAGAUCAUCAAGCACAGAGCUCUGUUUGCCGAGACGUUCAGUGCGGCGCUGACAUCCGAGGAGGAGAACUCGGGCAUGGGAGGCAUCGCCAUGUUGACGCUGAGCGACACCGAGAACAACCUGCACUUCAUACUCAUCCUGCAGGGCCUCAUCAAACACAGAGACAGAGAGCCUCUUUUGGUGCCCAUCCGUGUCCAGCUUUCGUACCGUCAACACAUCCUGAGGGAGAUCCGAGCCAACGUCACGUCUCACGAUCCGGACUUCGCCGAGGUGCUGACAGACCUGAACAGCCGCGAAUUGUUCUGGUUAUCUCGCGGUCAGCUGGAGAUCACCGUGGCGACCGAGGCUCAGGACCCGCGGCAAAUCUCUGGCUUCAUCACGGGCAGAAAGUCCUGCGACACGAUCCAGAGUGUGAUGUCCAGCGGGGACGCACUGACCCCGGGGAAGAGUGGAGGUGUUGGAUCGGCCAUCUUCAAUCUCCAUGACAACGGCACGCUGGACUAUCAGGUUCAGGUCGCAGGUCUCAGCAGCGACGUGGUCGGCGUCACCGUGGAGCUGAAGCCGAGGCGCCGCAACAAGCGCUCCGUCCUGUACGACCUGACGCCCGAGUACAACAAGGCCACGGGCCGAGCAGAGGGCAGCUGGAGUCGUCUGGAGGCGCGACACAUUCACAUGCUCCUACAGAACGAGCUGUUCAUCAACGUGGCCACGGCUCACAGUCAGGAGGGAGAGCUCAGGGGGCAGAUAAAGGCUCUGCUCUACAGCGGCCUGGAGGCACCAAGACAUGAGUUGCCCACUCUCCUGGCCGGCCACUUUGUGUCUCCCCCUGUAAGGACCGGCGCCUCUGGCCACGCCUGGGUGUCGGUGGACAAACAGUGUCACCUGCAUUACGAGAUCGUGGUCGCUGGCCUGAGCAAGAUGGACGACCUCACCGUGAACGCUCACCUCCACGGGCUGGCGGAGAUCGGCGAGAUGGAAGACAGCAGCGCCACACACAAGCGGCUGCUGACCGGCUUCUACGGCUCACAGGCUCAGGGCGUGUUGAAGGACAUCAGUGUUGAAUUACUGCAACACCUGGACCAGGGAACGGCCUUCAUCCAAGUCAGCACCAAGCUCAAUCCCAGAGGAGAGAUACGUGGAAAGGUCCACGUGCCCAACAGCUGCAUGUCCGGGACCAGAGGGGACGCGGAGGAGGCCGAGUUUGACGACCUGUUCGUGAAGGACCCAGAAGAGCUGAAGAAAGAUCCGCACACCUGCUUCUUUGAGAACCAGCACCAUGCACAUGGCUCCCGCUGGACGCCCAGCUACAACAAGUGCUUCUCCUGCAGCUGCCAGAAACGAACUGUGAUCUGUGAUCCGGUCAUCUGUCCGCUGUUGACUUGCUCCAAAACUAUCCAGCCCGAGGACAAGUGCUGCCCCGUCUGUGAUGAGAGGAAGGAGACCAUGAAAGCCCCAGAAAGAGUGGAGGAACAUCCUGAGGGUUGUUACUUUGAAGGCGACCAGAAGAUGCAUGCCCCGGGAACCACGUGGCAUCCCUUUGUCCCGCCCUUCGGCUACAUUAAAUGUGCCGUCUGCACGUGCAAGGGAUCCACAGGUGAGGUCCACUGUGAGAAGGUGACGUGUCCAGUGUUGACCUGCAGCCAUCCGGUGAGACAUAACCCCUCAGACUGCUGUAAAGAGUGUCCGGAGGAGGACAGGACGCUGCCCGGCCUGGAGCACGGUGACAUGAUGCAAGCGGACGGACCGAGACACUGCAAGUUUGGCAAAAACUAUUAUCAGAACAGUGACAACUGGCACCCGUGGGUGCCGCUGGUCGGGGAGAUGAAGUGCAUCAACUGCUGGUGUGAUCACGGUGUGACCAAGUGUCAAAGGAAACAAUGUCCAGUCGUGAGCUGCUCCAACACCACGCGCAGUGAAGGCUCGUGCUGUUCCGAGUGCGUCGACUCCAAAGAGGAAGACCACCUGAUGACCAAAGUACCAGACAAAAGACGGACCUGGAGACACUGAUCUGUGUGGAGACCCAGAUGGACCUGAACCCAGAGCCACACUGGGUCUCACCCGCCUCACCCCACCCCACCCAUGCUCCCACCCCACCCUGCUAUCAGCUCCAGGAUUGUAACGAGACGGAGGAAUGACGGAACGAAAGAAGAAAAACAGACUCAUUCAGUGAGGACACGAAGAUGAACUAAAACGGUCGCCCCUUUUUUUGCUGGAUUUUGUUUUUAUAUAUUUUCCUACGCUCGUUUUUUUUUUUUUUAUUAUUACAGCUCAGAUCUGGACAGCGACCAUUCUCUCUGACAAGUGCAGCUACAGUAGCUCUCAGUGCCCGCUUAAAUCUGUGUGUGUGAAUGUGUGUGUGUGUGUGUGUGUGUGUGUGUGUGUUUGCCAGUAUAGAAUGUAACCACAACACUUAAGGAAAAGAAGAAACACUCACCAGUCGUGCCGCUGGUUUUUAAGAGCUUGUGCUGCGUUGUGUCGACAUCAGAGCGGCGUCGGUGUGUCCACACGUGAAGACACGUCUGUUUGGACAUGUUGCCUCUUUGCUUUGACUGAUUCUAAUUCUCUUUUCAAAAAUAAGUCAUAUUUGAUGGAUUUUUGUUGUUUAUGGAAAUGAAGCUGGUUUGUAUUUUUGUAUUUAU